CAAUAGUAGCCAAUUUUGAGAAAUACCACUUAUAGCCACUUUCGUCAAAUUCUUUAACGGUGUCAGCUAACAAGCUGACUGGACUAAUGACUUUGCUUAUUUGGCGACAUUUCAUCAACAACAUUGCCACAUAGAUUAAUAAAAAAAUAAAAAAUAAAAAUAAAUUCAAUGAAAAUAAAAAAUAAUUAAAAACCAUUAAAUAAAAAGCUCCACUUGAACCAAAAACAAAAAAAAAAACCCAAUCUCUCCACCUACCCUAUGCUCCAUCAUCGUCCCCAUUCUCCACUGCUCCAAGAACCCCCAAACCUUCUCCCCUUCAAAGCCAAAAACCCAAUAAAUCUCUCCACCUACCCUCUGCUCCAUCAUCGAGCCCAUUCUCCACUGCUCCAAGAACCCCAAACCCUUCUCCCUUUCAAAGCCAAGAACCCCAAGUCCCUGCACCUACCCUCCUUUGCCGAGAUUAUCUAAACCCCUAAAAAAUCCCCAUCCAAUACUCUCCCACCCGCCACUGCUCUAUACGUUGACGAAAAACCAAUUGUCGACCCUCUGCAAAUCAUCAUCCUCAAUCACCACGUCAUCAAUAACAGUCAAGAAGCGUAGAUGGAGAAGCAAGUGCUGUCGGGUCCAAAUCGUCGUGCCCCCAUCCUCUUCUUCAACCCCUACUUGAAAUCCAUGUUCAAUCAUCGUCGCCUACUCUCACCCCUUCCGCCGCGCCGUCCAGAUAUGCUUUCCAAGAUGAAGAACUCGUCCAAGUGUUUCGAUUCGGCGAGAUUGCAGUGUAGACGCCAUAGUCGGCAAGAACUUCAUUCUAUAAUUUCAUAUUUUGAAUACGAUGGUGGUGAGAAACAGGGGCGUUUCGAAAUAGAGAGUGGUCGAAGACUGGACUUCCUUGCUGGGGUUCUCUAGCUGGGAUCCUUGACUGAAACAGGGGCAAAAUUGCAUCUACUGGCAGCCCGGUUCAGGGGCAAUAGAUUCAGGGGCAAAGGCGGUGGAGGAUUUGGGUAUGUGGGUUUAAGAAUCUGGGUGGGGUAUUCAUUAUUGAGAGCUCGUAGAGAGGGUUUUGGGAGGAUGAAGAACUGGCUGAGGGGGACUUAGGGGCGGCAGUCGGAUUUUCAGGGCGAUAGGAAGGUUUGUGACGAUGGGAAGAACAAGAUGAAGGGGGCAGAUCACUCUUCUUUUUUUAUUUUUUAUUUUUUGUCUUGGAAGGAGAAGGAUAUGGAGAAGAGAUCUUUAAAUUAAAUGGAAUGACAUAAUUUGUUUUUUACUUUAAAUUGUGACUUGGCUACCAUAUGGCAUGGUAAGAUCUAUGUGGACAUGAUGUGUCGUUUAGGUGGCAUCAACAUCAGCUUAACGUCUAUUUCACUGACGGAAUAUUUGACGGUGUUAAAGUAUUUGACAAAAAUGGCUAAAUUAGUCCAAUAAGUUUUAAAAAUGUGGUUAUAAGUGGCAUUUCUCCAAAUUUGGCUAUUAUUAGCACAACAUGAAAGUUUUGACUAUACAAGUGUAUUUUGCCUAAGUUUUAACUUGUUAGAAUAAGAGAGAGCAAUCUUUGCACAUAUCAUCUAAGCACUUAAUAUAUUGGUCGAGAAAGAAAAAAAAUGUUUAUCGUGACUGUUGUGCUAGGCAGGGUGAAGCAACUCAUUUUUCAAAGUUAUGAACUUAUUUGGACCCCUUUAGCAAGCUCAUUUAAGCCUAAAUGGACAUAUCCCUUCCAUACCAAAUUGUGCCUAAUUUGGAGUCUUUCUAACUCGAUAAAGCCGCCCACAAAGGCACAAACCACUAACUUAGGUCCUUCCUCUCCCAAGCUCGGGAUAACUAAUCCCUAGCCCCCUAGUUCUUCAAGGAAACAAAAUAUCGCUUGUAUUCCGUUUUAUUGGGGUUUGAUAGUCUGGAGAAGAAUGCAGUGCUAAUCACGAACUUCUGAUCCCUAAAGCCAAUGAUUGAGUCCUAGAAGGUAAGUGUUUAGAAUUUAAAUUUAUUGUGUACCACAUUGAUGAGUUACAAGGUAAUUAAUAAUCUUGUAAGGUCAUUUUUUAUAUGAUUUAAAAUGGGUCUCAUGUUACUUGAUUUUGAAGCCCAAGCGACUGAGUCCUCGAGAUGACCACACUGGUUGCGAGAAAUGACCACAUUGGUCAAGAGACACAACCAUAAUGGUCGCGAGGCGUGGCCGAGAGGAGGCAAGCACCAAGACUUUAAUCUCGUCAAGAAAGAGACGCCUAUACGCAGUUGAGGGAGCAAUUGGCACUCAUCUCACUUUUGAAGACACGUCUAAGAAAGGAGGGAGGAGUAGUUUUUGGAAGUUAUUAAGCAAGAAGUUCUCAGAGGCGGUUACCACUCCAUGCCAAUAAAUAAGAGGAGGAGUCGACAGUAACAUGGGUUUCCAAAACCACACAAUUGACACCUACAUCAAGUUUCAUCAUUUCUCUGCAAAUGUAGCGAUAGUCGUAGUUUGGAGCUCUAGUCGAACCUCUACAGGAGUAAGAGAAAUUUAAUUUAGUUUAAUUCCAAAAAGCAUCAAUCAAACACCUCUGAUCAAGUGACCAACUUCUAAGUUGGUCGAAUGGAUGUAGUUUCCGAAACAAUGGCGGGAUGAGGGCUCUUCUGACACUGACUACAAGUCUGGAUGAAGCAGUGGCCAUCACAUCACUCCGUCAAUUCAUGGAGGAGUGUGUGUUUGAAUCCCAACAGGCAAACCUAUGUUUAAAUUCUCACCUGAAAAUGCCACAUUUCUCUUAUUAAACAUUGUGAUUCUCU